AUGGCUUUGGUGCACAAAUUUGGCAAGCCAGACAUAUUCCUUACUAUGAUGUGCAAUCCGUCAUGGUCAGAAAUAGUAGCAGAAUUACUACCUGGCCAACAACCUCAUGAUCGUCCAGACUUGCUAACAAGGGUAUUUCAUGCCAGACUCGAGGAGUUAAAAAAGGAUGUGUUAGAAAGGAAUGUUCUCGGGAAGGUAGUUGCUUAUGUAUAUGUGAUUGAAUUCCAAAAACGAGGGCUUCCACAUGUUCAUAUGUUACUAAUUCUUGACCAAAGUGACAAGCUUGCCACUCCUGAUGAUUACGAUAAAAUAGUGAGAGCAGAAAUUCCUGACCAACAACAAGAACCAGAGCUCCAUAAAAGGAUUCUUAAACACAUGAUUCACAACCCAUGUGGUGUCCAGAAUCCACGUUCACCUUGCAUGAAACAAGGGAGUUGUAAGAAGGGGUUUCCUAAGUCAUUCUCUAAUUGUACAAAGCAAGGAAAUGACUCAUAUCCCAUCUACCGUCGGCGUCAAGAUGCUCCACCUGUACCUUACGUGAGAAUUCACGAGUAA